AUGUCCACCACGCCGCCAGAGCACAAUCUCCUGCUGGACCCAAUAUCCGAGCUGCGUCUCGCGCUGGCAUCGCACGCGUUCGGGGUGGACGCGCGCACCGAGCUGCUCGAGGCGGAGUCGUUCCCGCGCUCCGCUGCCGAACGCGCAGAGGUGCAAGCUGAAGCCGACUUGAGCGGGCAUACGCCCGACCGCGUGGUCGCGCGCGCGCGCGUCGUGUUCCUCGCUGGCGAGGGGGAGGCGGUGGUCAGCCUCUCUGCGGGCGGGUAUCGCGUCGACAGGUGGACCCUUGACACCCCCCUCCCGACCACGGCGUACGAAUCCCUCGACGCGCUCCUCAUCGCCUCGAGCCCCGCGUACGUUGCUGCCAUGCAGGCGGAGCUGCAUAAGCGCUUUGCGAGCGACGACGUGUCGCGUCGGUUCGUGUACGAUGACGACGAUGAUGGCGAGGAGCCAGCCUGGAUCGACUAG